AUGAAGGAGUUGGCAAACAUUUCGAUGUUCCGAACUUGCGUUUCGCCCGCGUAUCAGACUGUAAUCGAUUGAAUCCAGUCCGUCCGUAGUCCGCUACGCGAUUUACGCGAACAAUGUGCAGAAGAAGCUGUUCGUUCUUCUCCCACUUCCUAGAAUAAACAGAGACCUUUUUGUAUAAUCUCUGAUUUUCAGAAGCUGCUCAUAGACCUGGAUGGCUACGAAAUGGCGAAGCAACGCUUCGAUAAACUUCUGGAAGAAUGCGGAGAAAAGUGUGCUCCGAUAGAUUUCACGACAGAGUUCAUCGACGCGUCGAUCGACGAGCAGUCGAAGAAUUUCCGCUACUUCAACUUUCUCGGAUUCUCUUACUUCACCAGCGGCAACCAUCUGACUCCGUUCGGAAUCGUCAAAUCCGUCACAUCUUCCGGGACUGUGCAGAAACUUCUGA